AUGGGCCCUCUCCGCCACUUGCCCAAGCUCCCCCGCCUAUACCACGUGGACAAGGAGCUCUUCGACGCCGGCGCCAUGGCGCGCGUGCCCACGCACCAGUUGCUCACCAAGCUCGGGCUCGUGCACCACCCGAAACCGGGGCUCGUGCACUGGCUCCCCAUGGGCAGGGCCAUUCUCACAAAGCUCCAGGACAUUGUGCACGCGGAAAUGGCCCGCGCCGGCCUGGAGCAGGUGGCGCUCGCUGCGCUCUCGCCCGCGGCGCUCUGGCAGCAGCUGGGCCGCUGGGCCGGCUCGGAGCUCUUCAAGUUGAAGGACUUCGCGCAGGCCGACUACUGCCUCGCGCCCACCUGCGAAGAGGAGAUCACGGCGUUGGUGCAGAGCCAGGCCCAGUCGUACAAGAGCUUCCCGCUCCUGUACUACCAGAUCAGCCGCAAGUUCCGCGACGAGAAGCGGCCGCGCAGCGGCUUGCUCCGCGGCAGGGAGUUCGUCAUGAAGGACGCCUACACGUUCGACUGCACGCCUGCCCAGGCCAUGGAGUCGUACCGCACCAUGGUGGCCGCGUACUUCCGGGUGUUCGGCCGGCUCAAGGUGCCGUUUGUCAUGGCCGACGCGGACUCGGGCGACAUUGGCGGCGCGCUUUCCCACGAGUUCCACUACCUCCACGAGUCGGGCGAGGACACCUUGUUCACGUGCUCUGGCUGCGGCGAGUCGCUGAACAUCGAGCGCACGCUCUCGCAUGCGGCGGCAGAGGUGCACCACGCGGACGUGGCCGUGGCCUACUACACGACCGAUGACCGGCGCACGCUCGUUUGCGCAUACUACCCCCGCUCGCGCGUGCACCAGCCGGCGUUCCUCAAGGACGAGGUCCCGGACAUCGACCUCACGGGCACGCUCUCGCAGGACCAGGUGCUCGGCCUCUUCCGCGACGAGGACGCGUUGAUCUCCAAGAAGAUCGUGCGAGUCAUGGACCUGCGCCUCGACUCGCGCUCGAACUUCCCCGACUUCCCCGUCAAGUUCAUCAACCGCUCGCUGAUCACAACGCUCACGGACGUCCCCAUCGUGGCGGCCGAGGAGGGCGAGAUCUGCCACAAGUGCGAGGAGGGCACGCUCGUGGCCAGCAGGGCCAUCGAGGUUGGCCACACGUUUCUUCUCGGCGACAAGUACUCCAGGACGUUCGGCUUCUCCGUCGAGCACCCGCUUGCCGACGGCACGCUCCAGAAAAACAACGUGCUCAUGGGCUGCUACGGCAUCGGCAUCAGCCGUGUCAUUGCGGCCGUCGCCGAGAUCACCCGCGACGCCCGCGGCCUCCGCUGGCCGGCCUGCAUUGCCCCGUGGCUGCUCACGGUGGUGGACACUCUGAACGACCCGGCCGUGUUGCAGCGGGCCGCGGACCAGCUUGCGGGCCACGGCAUCGACUUCCGCGUGGACGACCGGCCCAAGGUGCGCAUGGGCAAGAAGAUCCGGGACUCGCACAUGUUCGGCAUCCCGUUGGUGCUCAUUGUGGGCCGCGGCUACCCCACCGUGGAGCUCGAGCUUCGCGGCGCAUGGCGCCCGUCUGGAGAGGACGAGGCGGUGGUGCGGGGAGACGACGGCCUGCCCCAGAAGCUCUUGGUCGACAUCAGCGAGGCCGCCGCCGCUGUGCAGAAGGUGCUUGCAGCCAUGUAG